GAUUCGUCAAUCCUCGAAACGUUUAGAAUAAGCAAACAGAAAAAAAGCAAAUCAAAAAUGAAGAUCUGUACCAAUUCACACGAUAGCUGGAAUGUCAAAACAUGUUUAUUUCCAUGGCAUGAGUGCUACUAUUUAGAGCAGCCUGAGUAAUAUGCUUUUGGAUUUACGUGUCGAAGACGACGCCCUCUAGUGUGUGUGGUUGUUGUUUCAUUGGAUAGUAGUUUGGCAUCAUGUUGAGAAGUGCAGCAGUCGCCUGCCGUCUACAAAGCACAUGGCGCCGUGGAAUGUAUGCAAGCCUUUCGUCUCCGGGAAUUUGGAAUUUUACAGCUGAAAAUACUGUGAAACAAUGCAGACAUGAAUGGGACUUAGGAGUCGUAUUUUCAGGCGAGUCUUUAUUGCGUUGUCAACAAAGAAAACCAACUCUCCGUCGGCUGGGCACGGCCCACUGUCUACUCAAGAAAGAAGGGGGGAAAGACGAUGGAGAAAGGACGCAUAAAUUUCUAUCACCAGGAGACGUGCCAGUUGGACAUGAAAGUAUAGAACGAACCCAGGGCAGGAAAACAAUGAUUGUUAGCCCUCCCACUGUCCAAGUCUUUGCAGACCCUACCAUGUCGAAAACUGUUCGCGACAUCUCCGUCGACAUUGAGAAAAUUAAAGGCCAGCUCAAAUUCAUGAGGGAGGAAUUCUCGGACAGCUCCUUCGAGGUCCUGAAGCUUGUCCAGGGGCGGUCCUCCAUUAUAGCGGCUUUAAAGGAGACUAGGAAAUUCUGCAGAGACAACCAAUCGGCGAUCAUGUCACUCAAAACUGAGCAGAAUAAACUUGACGAGCUCAUCACUUACAUCAGCAAGAUGAUCGCCCGCCACGAGAACCAACUAAAUGACUCUAAGAAAGGCCAAGAAAAAGAUGCAUUCUCCAAGAAAAUUGACAACAUCUCUCACAGGCUUGAUCAAGCAAAUAAAAGCAUCCACACUCUAACUACAGUCGUGCAUGAGAAACUCCAAAAUGAUGUGAAGAAAGCACUCACUGAUACAGAACAAUUGCGGACUGAGGUGACAAGGCUACAACUGGAACUUAGGUACAGAGGGAGAGAGAUCACUGAAUUAAAGAGCAAGAGCCCCACUGAUUUUUCGAAUUAAAUUGAAAACACAUGCUGCAUAAGCCACCAAAAUAACCUAUUUCUACCUUAAUAAAAGUCAGUCUUCUUCACAUGCAACAUGUAAAAUGGCACUGGAUCUUAGACAACCUAACAUUGAUUCACAUUUUACAAGUCCACUUUACAUGUUCAGUACAGCUGAAAUUGUAAAAUUAAUGUCUGCUUGUAAGGAUUCUCACAAUUCUGUAUCCAAUUAUGUACACCUGAAAAAUGUACUCAAAUCAAACAAAAAACUACACACAGGUUCGUAUGACAGUAGCUUUUAAUGUAAAAUGUACAAAAGAACCCUAAAAAGGACUAUACAUUACUCAUUGUUCAUUAUCCACUGGCCUACACUAAGCGAAAAUUAAUAUUCAUUUUAUUUCAAGAACAGAUAAAAGCCACAAGCAAUCAAACAAAAUAGUCAAUAGAAGGCUUUGUGUGGAAUUUUAAAGACUGUAAAAUAUCAACUAUGAGUUUUAUGACAGAUAGCCAAACUUGUU